GGCGCCGCGCGGGAGCGCUCCAAGAUGGCGGCGGCGGGGCCCGAGUCGGGCGGCAGCAGCGGCAGCAGCGGAGGCCUCGGCGGAUCAUCUACUUUCAAGAAGUCCCUCACCCCUGAGAUGCCAGGUGCUUCUGGGCAGCCGGGCUCACAGACCAUAAAGAAAGGGCACAGAGGAGUGGACUCCACGGGCGAGACUACCUAUAAGAAGACAACAUCAUCUGCCUUGAAGGGUGCCAUUCAGCUGGGCAUUACUCACACAGUUGGAAGCUUGAGCACCAAACCCGAAAGAGAUGUUCUCAUGCAAGAUUUCUACGUAGUAGAAAGCAUUUUCUUCCCCAGUGAAGGGAGUAACCUGACCCCGGCUCACCACUACAAUGACUUCCGAUUCAAAACCUAUGCUCCAGUGGCCUUCCGUUAUUUCCGGGAGCUGUUUGGGAUCCGGCCGGAUGAUUACCUGUACUCGCUCUGCAGUGAGCCCCUCAUUGAACUGUCAAACUCCGGGGCCAGCGGAUCCCUCUUCUACGUGUCCAGUGACGAUGAGUUCAUCAUCAAAACGGUCCAGCACAAAGAGGCUGAGUUCUUGCAGAAGCUGCUGCCCGGCUACUACAUGAAUUUGAACCAGAACCCAAGGACGCUGCUGCCAAAGUUUUAUGGCCUCUACUGUGUCCAGGCUGGGGGCAAGAACAUUCGCAUUGUUGUGAUGAACAACCUGCUGCCACGCUCUGUCAAAAUGCACCUCAAGUACGACCUCAAGGGCUCCACCUACAAGCGCCGAGCAUCCCAGAAGGAGAGGGAGAAAGUCUUCCCGACAUACAAAGACUUGGAUUUUAUGCAGGACAUCCCUGACGGCCUCUUCUUAGACUCUGACAUGUAUAAUGCCCUGUGCAAAACGUUGCAAAGAGACUGUUUGGUCCUGCAGAGCUUUAAAAUCAUGGAUUACAGUUUGCUGGUUGCCAUCCAUAACAUCGACCUGGCCCAGAGGGAGCACGCCAUGGCAGAUGGGACGUUGCAGGCUGACAUGCGGAGACCCGCUGCCCAGAAGGCCCUUUACUCCACAGCUAUGGAAUCCAUCCAGGGAGAGGCCCGGCGAGGUGGCACCAUAGAAACAGAUGACCAGAUGGGAGGAAUUCCAGCCCGCAACGCCAAGGGGGAGAGGCUCCUCCUGUACAUCGGCAUCAUUGAUGUGUUGCAGUCCUACAGGCUUGUCAAGAAGCUGGAGCACUCUUGGAAGGCCCUUGUGCACGAUGGGGACACUGUCUCUGUGCACAGACCCAGCUUCUAUGCCGAAAGGUUCCAACGGUUCAUGUGCAACACAGCGUUCAAGAAAAUCCCCUUAAAGCCAUCCCCUUCGAAGAAGAGCCGGUCUGGCACAGCCGUCCCGCGGCGGAGCUGUCAAGGAGCAGUGCCUUCCCUGUCCCACGUGUCCUGCGAGACAAAAGCACAAGUGACGGCAGAGGCGGAUGUGGAGCAAGGUUCCCACCUUGGUCGCCCAGAUCUCCUGCCCAGGACCCUGCCUGUGGAUGAAGCCAACAGUGAUUCCGUUGCAACAACCCUGUCCACUUCCUCCUUGGGCAGCGGAGGCCUCAACUCACCCGCAAACAGGUCAGUGGGCGUGCAAGUGCAUAAAGCUGACAGCUCAGCAAAGGAUUUGACUAGGACAGCUCCUGGCAUCUUCCUGUCUAGUGGCUCCCCAGGGCCUUCCAUACCCGAGCACUCUGCAGAGCUGAGAGAGCAGCUCGAAGACCUGCAGGAGACUGAGAUAAGCUUUUGAAGCCACACGGGAUUGCUGCGAUGGAAGCAGAUGGUUCUGUUCCCUGCGUGGUCCGUGGAGUCCAACAAAGAAUUCAGCCCCUGUUGCUGAUUUAUGUUUUCCUUUUUUUCCUAAGUAAUCUUACAUGGACAGAAACCCAAAGGCUGGAAGGUUGGGCCACACUUAGCGGAAUAGCAUUAACAAAGAACCGAGCCCCAGCGCAGCUGAGCCUCGGACACCUCAAGGUCUCCUUAGAGCAGAGCCUACCACUGCAUCCCUGCUGUCCUCCUUUGGAGCCUGGUGAGAGCAAGUUGGCUGCCAGGAGGAGGAGGAGGAACCGCUCGGCAGGGGCUGAAGCUCUGCAGAAGGGACCUGACUUGAUGCUCAGGAGGCGGCCGCUUCCCAUGCGAUCCCACAGAGCCAGCGAGGACAGGAGACUCUUUGGAGUGCCUGGGGUGGGAAGUGGGCAUUGGAGCCUCCUUGGGGCCGUUUGCCCUGGAGCAACACGGUUUGGUUUUGUACUUGAGACAACGUUUUUAAUUUAAAUGUUUCUCUGGAUUCGGUCACUUCCCUCCUUCCUGCUCCUGCAAUGUCGUCUUUCUAUUUGUAUUGGGGUUUUUUUUACUAAAUAGAGGCUUUUUUUCAGUGCUGCACCAGGAAGCACCGCUGUGAGGGAGGCAGAAAGGGGCAGCAGAAGCUUCACUGCCUGUGGACGAGCUCCUUUCUCUUGGCUGCUGUCCCCUCUGCAGCCCUGCCUCGGGCCAGGACAGCGCCGCGCUGCUCAGAGCCCUUUGAAUGUACUCGGGGAGGUUUUGGAUUCCUUUGAACCCUGGUUUUUAAAGGAGGCCCCUUUGGCCCUUCCCUGCCCGCAGGGAGGGAGAGCUCUGCGAGGGGCAGGCUUUUCUAGGACCAAACCCAACCUGCUCCGUUCCCUGCCCUCAGCUCCACCUGCAGAUCCCAGCCUGGUUCUUCUGCCUUGUGUUGUAGCUGGGGUGCUCCUGGCAGCCUGGGGCAGCCUCCUGCUUCCCCACAAGUGUGGAGCCCUGGGACGCUGGUUGCUUUGUAACUCAAGUGAAAGGCAGGAAGAAGCAGGGGGGAUUGCUCCGGGAUGCCCGGCCCACAGUGGCCACAGCCUUCCAGGGAUCCCGGAGCCGAUGUGGGACUGAGCUGUAGUGCCACAGAAUGCUGUUCUAAGAGGGAUGAAGUGACUUCCCCCUGUUCCUGAUGGCUCAGGAUCUGCGGGGGGGGGGGUGCCUAUACAUUAAAGAAGUCAUUUCAAGCUUACCCUUGUGGUAGCACAAGGGGUUUCUCUAUGAACUCGCAGUGAUGGCUAUGGAAACAUGGAAUGUAGUGCUGUACAAAGGAGGGUUUAGGUGAUGCUCCAGGGCCGAGCCUCUUCCCACCUUCCAGCGCAGCCUCUCAAAGCGCAUAGGACACAAGCUGGUAUUUUUUUAAGGAAGUGUUUUUAUCCUUUGCUCUUUUCCUGGCCUGUCCCUGGGUAUCCGGAUGCCCAGGGCUGGAAUUGCCGGUGCCUGCGCGCCCGGAUCCGCAGGGUGCUGGAGCACCGAGGACAGGCGCUGGUCCUAGACCGGGUCUCAAGGGCUCUUUGAACCUUUCGAUGCCAAUCAGGACCAGAGCCGGGAGCGGGAGGAAGCUCAGCUCGGGGCUGCCUGUGCUUGGAUCUUUCCUUCUCCCUCCCUGGGAGCUCCGGUCCCCGUUCUAGCCCAGGUAACUGUCUAUAUUAGACACUUGUUUCUUAUCUUCCCUCCUAACCCUUUUCUGUUUGUUUUUAACCAGGUGGGAAGAACCCAAAUCUCAGCUGUUUUUCAUGAUGGAAUAUUUAUGAAGUUGUAUUUAAGUGUUUGUUUUCCUUUCCCUGGGGAUAGUUAUUCCUAUAGCGGGGGGCGGGGGUGUUUCUAUAUUGAUCUCUGCUUUGUAAUGGGUUUCCAGAACUGCUUUUUCUUCUUUGUGCGUGUUUCCAAGGGCUGGGGCUUGGGGGUUGUGGCUCUUUAACACACACACCCCCCCAGUGCAAGGAGGGGGCUUUGCUUCUCCAGCCCCACUGCGGUGGGAGCAGGGAGCAGCAGCCGCUGGAACCUCUGGAUCAGCGCGAGGUGAUGGAGCAUGGAUGAAGCAUGGUCAGACAUGGAUGGACAUGGAUAGAUUGUGGCCAGACAUGGAUGGACAUGGAGGGAUCAUGGUCAGACAUGGAUGGAACAUGGAUAGAUGGUGGUCAGACAUGGAUGGAACAUGGAUAGAUGGUGGUCAGACAUGGAUGGACAUGGAUAGACCACGGUCAGACAUGGAUGCAUAUGGAUGGAUCCUGGCUGGAUGUGGAUGGAUCCUGGUCCCUCAUCACCACUGGGACCGCAGCUGGGCCCGGCCCCAGGAGCAGCUCUCGCCGUGCGUGACCCGUGUCCUUUCGGCUCUGUAGCGCUUGUGGCCUCGUCCGACCCGCGCAAUACAAACCCGUGCUGCUGC